CUGGUCGCUGAAUCGGCAUUCUAGAUAACAAUCAGACACGAUGACUCCGGUCUCAUGCAUAUUUAAACCCUGUCGAACGGAACGUUGUUUUGAGCAAAUGUUUUUAUGCCCAUCACAAUAGAUACAGAAUACCGUACAGAUACAGAAUACCGUUGAUAACAUUAAUCAAUACUGUUAUUACUGUUGCGUUUUUCAGUAGUAACGCUGCAAUCGGAGAAUGCUAAAAAUUUUAACUGGUAAUAUCGCCAUCGCCAUCGCUUUAAAUAGCCUGCUGUUAUGUGACUGGGCAGCUGCAAGCGAUGACGACCGUAUGACCUUCGUGUUUGAGUGUGCGAACCCUUCCAUUCCACCGAAGGCCAUGUUCAACCAGAUUUUUGAGCUAUCUCAUCGGCAAUGCGAUUUUUGGAAAACCAUUGAGCCUGGCAAUCCGAAUGAUCUCCGGUACCAAGUUUAUUACCAGUGCGCUCGGAAGUUUUCCGAGUGCCCAAACGAGCCCUCGCCACGCUGCGAACUGGCGAAUAAAUGCUGCUGCGGGACGCACACCACGUAUGCAGCAGCUAUGUGCGAGUACGAUCUGUUCUCGAUGAGUCGUUUGUGGAAUUCUUGUACACCGAAUUACUAUGAAAUGAACAUGCGGGAGACGAUCGAGAGCGUAGACGAAUCCGAGCAGAUUUAUGACAUGGUUACCGACCACAUUCAACUGACAGGUCGAACGUACUGUAACGAUGGUCAAAUGAACCUAAUCAUUCAUCCCUGCUGCGUGCCGCCUCUUAUGUUGGUGAUCGAUAAGGGAGAAUGCUUGCAAAAAGUCUUUUGUGGAACCCGUCGAGAAGCGGUUGCGCCGUUUAAAGUAGCAUGGAAAGACAGCGACGGCGCAACUAUCGGCUCCUGGACGGGACCACUAAUUGACGCCUGGGACAGACUGCGCCCAUGGCCGAAAUUUGUGCUGAACAGAGCGAUCGGUCAGCUGGAUGAGUGCGUGAAUGUGACGGGCCGUGUCUCCGUUGUUGGCGAGGAUCAGUGUGCUCGGUGUAAAGCACAAAAAGCAGUGAUGAGAUUGUAUGAGAUGGGACAUACAGUGAAGUUAUAGAUAAGUGGAGGAAGUUUCCGCAAGACGCAUGAACUCAGCCGAUUCUGUCAACAGCAUCACGCGCUGGAAUCGCAUCUAUCACUUUUUGCCAGACUAUUUUAACUACGAAGCAAUUAUACUUCAAUAUGUCGCUUGUCUUUUCGAUAGAUACUACUCUGUAGUUUCUAUAAAGCUUCUCUACGUGGUGUUAUAUUGCAUU